CGUCGAAGGAGGGACAGGUAGCUGAUUCUAAUGAUGCCUCGAAAAUCUCUUGUCUCUCGAAUCUUCAGUGCUUGGGCCUUCUUGCUCCCUGAUUCUUCAGCAAACGGCUACAGUUUCCACAGGAAAGAGCAGACCUUGACGUAUCGGAACCUGAUCCGGACUCAUCCUGGUGUACAUUGCGGACACCUAUAUGCUCAUCCGGGAGAGAGGUCAAGCACCACAAAUCUGGAAAAGAAAGUUUUAGCUUCCGCUCAGGCAAAGUUAGACUACGACAGAGUUGUAGCAGCAAUGGAUGGAGGGAAGAUCGAUACUACAACCGAAAUGUUCCCAGAUCGCGUACCUACUUCCCAGUGGUACGUCGCUCUUGCUGCAGCUGGCGCAGCGGCGGGCGUUUCUUUUGUCUUAUUUCAAAAUAUAUACAUUUCCGCGUUCGUUGUGGCGGCUGUUCUUUUAGCUGCCAGUCAAGACCCUUUGGACGAGGACGAUAAUGUAUACGGAGCGUUGGCCCGCCUUUUAGGUCGUGCUACUAUUCAGUCAGUCGAAGCUUCGCAACCACGAGUGAGAGCUCUGGCACGGGCCGUGUUGACAGGAGAAGAGGAAAUUGGAGAGCUGAAGCGGCAUAUAGUAGAGUUACAGGAGGAGAAUCACAGGUUGCAAAUUUGGAUUAGAAGAAGAGUUUAUGUUGAUGAAAAUAUUUCUGCUUUCUCUUUUGAUGAAUUAAAAGACCAAGCUAGAUGCAACGGCAUAAAGGUUGGAGGCACCAAGAAGCAGCUUCUGAUGAGAUUGCUUGAAGCGGAGAUAGUUUCAGUCGACGACUGA